UCUGCCUUUCACCACCAUCUCUAUCUGCCCCGCUAAUUCAAUGCCCUUGCAUGUGGCUCCUCCGCCGUCUUUGUCGUCCCGUCUCUUCUCUUCUCUUCCCUACUCUGCCGCCGCUGCUGCUGCUGCUGAGCGAGUUCCUCCAGAACCCAUCAUCAUGCGUCUUGCCCAAGCUCUCUGUCCUUAACCCUCUGUGUUCACACAACCGCAUCCUGCUUCUGUGCCGGUUGGGAGUCUGCGCGUAGCCGCCAGCCUCACGGUUCGGUCUCUCGGGCUGUGAUCGUGGAAUGGUAACAGUCGGCCGCAGAGAUGUGGUUGCUGUGGCUUUAGUUAUGGUCGUUGUUGUUGCGACGGGAUAUGUGAGAACGCAGUUGUAGAUUUCCUGUUUCUUCGCAUUCUUCUGCUUUCUUUCGAGAGAAAUAGAGAGAGACAGAGAGGUCAGUGAAGCUGUUCUCUCUCUCUCUCUCUCUCUAUUUCUCUGCCCCCCCCCCCCUCGCGUCUUUUCUUCCGCUUGAGUACUCAAGUUGACCGGUGUAAUCUUGUGGGGGACGUUAGAUCCUUUGGCACUGGUGCCGGCUUGGCGACCGACGUUGUGCAGGAAUGCAGAUGCUCUUCCAGUGUUGGUUGCAUUCUCUGUUCCUGUGAAGUCCCAGUGUUAGGUGCUGGCUCUCAUGAGUGACUCAAAAACCACCGUUCCGCUUCCUAUGAAACAUCUAAUGGGAGCUUGUUAUUCAGCGGUUGCAGUCCUUCAGGGCGUUGGCGAUAAUGCCUCGUAAUCUCCAGUGAUUACCUCCUCCAGCAAUCUGUAAUCAAGUUUUCUUUCCCUUCAACGAUUAUGCAUUGUAACUGAUCGUAAUCAGAUACCUCUUUCUCUUCAGAUUGUUUCUCAAUCACACCCCUAAAUUGGUAGUCGACUCGACUUCGUGGCGUUAAUUAGUGUCCAGGUACUCGAACUUCUCAGAUUUGAAAACUCUUGAAGUGAAAGAGCUACUGGGAACGAACCGAUGUAACAUCGGUGAUCUGUCGUACACCUUCAAUCUAAAUCCCUUCUGGCUCUGCUUUCUAGUAUAGGAGACAACUUUAGCUGUAGGUGUUUCUUUAGCACUGUUGUGUUCGGAAAUUGUGGACACAAUGGCAGUCGGAUCCGGUAAUGGGAAGCAGUGGCUAUCAGAGCCGCACUUGGGGCAGAUGGGGUACACCAAGGUUCGUUUCGUGGUAGCCAUGGCAUGUGCUUGUGCUCUCGUAUAUAUCUUGUCGUUUGCGGUUAUGAGCGCGCGACCAUGCUGGAACACUUGUAUACCGACCUCCUGCAGUCCGGUUGGUUCCCCUCUAGCUUCAAAUAGUCUCUCCCAGCCAGCUGCAUCCGUCGAGGAGUCCGAUAUGGUGCCCAAAAGGCUACACGACCAGGUGUUUCAUCCCCAGAAGCAAUCCGAGUCUGCCCUGAUGGCUGUGGGGGAACCCGAGCAGUUGGCUUUAAACACCCGGGCUGAGACUCACCGAAGAGGCACGGAUAUCUCCAGGAUUGUUUUUGGCAUUGCUGCAGCUGCUGAUGUGUGGAAGGGCAGAAAGGAGUAUAUAAAAUUGUGGUGGAAGCCUGAAAUGAGAGGGUUCGUGUGGCUGGACAAAACUCCAGAUGGCGAAGAAUGGGACGACAGGUAUCCUCCAUUUAAAGUUUCCGAAAAAACCACAAAUUUCGAGUAUACCAAUAAGAAAGGGUGGAGGUUCGCGAUUCGAAUAUCACGCAUUGUUUCCGAGACUUUCCGGCUUGGCUUGCCGGAUGUAGACUGGUUUGUGUUAGGAGAUGACGACACGCUGUUCUUCUCAGAAAAUCUGGUGCAAGUGCUUUCAAAGUAUGAUCACAGAAAGAUGUACUACAUCGGAAGCAACUCGGAGAGUCAUCUUCAAAAUAUUCUGUUUUCCUACAACAUGGCCUUCGGCGGAGGCGGGUUUGCUAUCAGCCACCCGGCAGCGAAAAUUCUAUCUAAAAUGCAAGACAGUUGCCUCGCAAGGUAUCCACAUUUAUUCGGGAGUGAUGAUCGAAUGCAUGCGUGCAUGGCGGAACUUGGAGUUCCUCUUACAAAAGAGCCAGGUUUCCAUCAGUUCGACAUCCAUGGCGAUGCUUCUGGAAUACUAGCAUCUCACCCUGUGGUGCCCCUUGUAUCCAUCCACCACCUCGACCUCAUCGACCCCAUCUUCCCCAACACAAAAGAUAAGAACUACACUCGCGUUGGUGCAUUGAAGCAUCUGCUGGAGGCUUCCACUCUCGAGUCCGCGAGCACAAUGCAACAGUCAAUUUGCUAUGACAAAAGCCGGCGGUGGUCCUUCACAGUCUCCUGGGGCUACGUCGUUCAAGUGUACAAAGGCUUCAUUACCCCUCGUGAACUCGAGGUUCCACAGAAGACCUUCCUCUCUUGGCACAAGGAGACGAGCAAAGUUGAAUUCCCGUUUAACACUCGGUCGAACCCUGACGAUGUCUGCAAGAGGCCUACUCGUUUUUUCAUGGAGUCUGUCAAAGGUCCAACCGAGUCAGGGUCCAAAAACUCCAUGACCGGCUAUUUUGUUCGUGAGUUUAGUGAAGAAAAGAUGGCUUGCUCUGAGAAGUUGCAGCCCCUGAAUGGCGUUCAGCGAAUCAAGGUUGUACGAGAGCUAACCGAUAGUUCUUGGUAUCAGAUCCCAAGGCGAUCGUGCUGUCGGGUGAAGAGAUGGAAGAAUGAGGAUAUCGACAUCCACGUUGGUGGAUGCAAGGACGGCGAAACUCUAAUCAGCAGCUAUUGAGCGAUCCACCACCCAUCUUUCCGAUUCAAUCGUCCCCCAUUUUUGACGCAAAAACUUCUAUAAAAGUUGCUUGCGCAGGCGUAGGUCCAACUUUAGACCAGGUGCAGAGAAAGUCUUACAGAAACAUCACUCAUGAAGACACACUUGUAUUACCACCUUUUGUACAGAGGAGGGUGGCGAAUCUCCUACUUGUGACUCCGUCACACUAGUGCAUCCAACAGAUGCGGUACAUUCAUAGCUUCAAUGCAGUCAUGGCAGAUUUCCCACAA